AUGGGUGCUAGGAAUGCAAGAGGACUAGUAAACAAUGAUCCUAACGAGUUUCAUCAAUCUAAUGAAGACUCCUUUAAGGCUGCUCUUUGGCUAAAAGUACUGAAGUUUGAUUUUAACUUCGAUCAUGACGAUCUUCAGUCAACAAUCCAGUCAACCUUUACUGUUGAUUGUACAAAUGAUCUUGGAGAGCAAAUUCUCCCUCACACAGCCCACAUCAUUGAGAUGGAAUUUAGGAAAUUUAUGUAUCUGAAUUUCCUGUCAAUUUUGAUCCCGAACAAAAAGGCUCCUUUCCAAAAAGAGGAUUGUGAGAAAAACAAAAAGACUUAUUAUACUACUGCUUAUUUCCCUUCCCCGUACAUUGACAGAUUCUGGAGACUUUGUAUCGUUCAUGAUGACUGCUAUGAUAGAUUCUGUGAUGAAUUCGUUGGAGGCUACAUUCAUAGGGACUUCGAUAGUGGCCUUGCAAUCCAUCGAAACGAGGAUGAAGAAAUUCCAGAAGAAUUUAGAGAUACAGACAAAAUUCAAGUAAAAAGAGAGCAACAUGACGCAUACAAGAGGUAUAAAAUUACAAGAAAGCAUAUCAAGGAGCUUCAACCGAAUGAACUUUUUUGGCCUAAGUAUCCUUCAGAAAGAUGUUUCCUGACUGAUUAUCGAUAUGAAGUAGUUAUUAAGAUCAAUACAAUUGAUGAGAUUAUUCAAAGUAUAGCAUUACAAUAUCAUAAAGAGCCUGAUCUAAUCAAUCAAGAGAGUUAUAUGGCCUGAAUUGUUAGGCUAGCAUGGGAAAAUAUGCAGAGUUUUAUCACUAAUGCUGAGGAAAAAUAAACUACCAGCUGGGUGUAAAGAGAAGGCAAACGAUCAUAAGUUGAGUAACCAUGCCUAUAAACCAGUUGAGCAAUUCCAAAAGAUCUUAUACCAUCGGUUCCCACAUACCUUUGCUGAAACCUUGAUGGACAGAUUCAUGGUAGAAGGAGUGACAGCAAGCAGAUGGAUUCUAGAAUAUAUUAAAUUUAUAUGCCUUUCAACUCUUUCAAAGAGCGAGCUUUUCCCGAGUGAUAUUGUAGACAGAGUUUGGCAUCUUCACAUGACUUAUACUAAGCAUUACAAAGAUAUGAUUAAUAGCAUUGAAGGAGUUGUUCCUGACCAUACUCAAGAAUGAUGCCAUAAAGUUGAUGAUGGGGAUCAGAAAGAAGUCUACCAAGAUACUCUUACUUUCUAUGAAUCUGUGUUCAAAGAUUCUCCGCCUGAAGACAUCUGGCCUGACCCAGAUGAAGAAUUUGGUGAUGAUAAAGAUAGACUAAUUGGAGUAAACCUUUACAGACUCACUCUUAUGCAUUACGGGUUGAAUCAGAAUCCAAACUUACUUGGAAUUGCCCCUAUUGCAGGAAUGGAUGAGGUAAAAUUCAGUGUGGGUAAUCUACAAACAAAAUUCCUCAAAAGUUUCUUCUUAAGAAAAAUCCGUAGAAAGAGAGUUCCUUACAAGGAGGAUCCCCUAAAUUGGAGAAGGAAUUAUAAAGUCAAGAAUAUUUACAAGACAUCUCACUGUAAAGAAUUUGAAGUUCCAAAUUUUGAUUAUAAAAGAUUAGAAAAAGCUACAGAAAAAUCCCAGAUCGACGUAUCAAAAGCUGGAGGAUCAGAUCUCCUUGUAUCAGGAGGUCUUGCUAUUAUGAAGAAUGCUUUUGAUGAAAAGUCGAUAAAAUAGCUUAAACUACUACGAAGAGAUUGUACAAUAUUUUCCUGAGAAAUUCAAAACAGUAAUAUAUCCUUUCACUCUGGAUGAUAUUGCAGAUGAUGCUUGGGCUGGCAAUGACAUUCUUUUUAUGAUCCCAGAAAUGCUCAGAACUGUAAAGUUCCUCAAAGUUAACAACAUAAAGAACGAUUUGCUUGAAAAUGAAUAUUUCCUGAGAUGUAAAAGAAGUGAAAUCAAAAUUCAUCCAGAUGAAUACUACGAAGACUACAAUUCUGACGGCAUGGAAACAUUCCAAGACGAUACAAAUAAUUCAAUGCUGGAUGAAGAAGAACAAGUGAAAUAAUAUUAUUAAAAAAUCAAUUUUA